UUUUGCGCGCCAAAAUAUUUCGGAAUUUGCAUAGUUCACCAACCCAAGACAUUUGUUUACAUUUUUGCUAUAAAGUUGUUUUCAAAAUCUCAAAAAUACAUAGUCGUACUUUUUCAACACACUCGCUGCUAUAGAACAGCACAAAAGUCAAAAGAUUUGUGCGAAAACAAAACCAGCUAAAAAUUUCUGGCAACGCUAUACAAGCGAGUGAAGAGGCAAGCUGCAUAGGUACUACGCACUACUCGUUGUGGAAUCGCUCACUCGCUAUCAAAUUUAUUCGUUGGCCGUUUACACAAAGAAGACAACGAUAUGCAUAUAUGAGAGUUCGUAGCAGAUGAAGGUGCGAUGGAACUGCCUAAAAAGCGAUUUCAAAGAGUACGACUGAUGAAAGAAAAAAUUUUAAUUGAAAAUAGUAGAAACGAGCGAGAAGUACUGAAUGUACACGAAAGAAAUAGCGAAUGAAGUAGUAAAACGCACUAUGAGAUGAUUGAGGAAAUAUGCAUGUGGGCGCAAUAAAAAAAAUUUGUAGAAAGUCUAGCAACGCAGUAGACUACGUGCGAGCAGGCGACAGUAAGCAAGAAAUUUCCUUUUUUCUUCCACGCCACUUCAACUCGAUUUGUGAAGCAGGCAGCCGUUCGCCGAUCUCGUUAUUGCCGUCGUCGUACAACACACCAGCAGAAGCGGCAGCACUCGUACUCGUACAGUUGGGUAGAGAGCGAGCAGUGCGCCCGACGACGAAUAGACAAGAAAAGCAAUAUGGCGGAUGCCUACACUACGCACACAGUUUUCUUCUUCGCACAUUCGAAAUAAAAUUGCACUACUCGCGCAUUUGCCACGCCGUUCACACUCGCUCAGCCGCUAAAACAAGACUGAAUUUUUCGGCUGCUUUGCAGUGAGAAAGGGACACCCUGGUCUCUUUUCGCU